CGUCUCCAAAGCCCAGAAGCCCACGUCCCCAUCUGACUUCCUUGACAAACUAAUGGGCCGGACUUCGGGCUACGACGCCCGCAUCAGACCCAACUUCAAAGGUCCUCCUGUUAAUGUCACCUGUAAUAUAUUCAUCAACAGCUUUGGGUCCAUCACAGAAACAACCAUGGAUUACAGACUCAACGUGUUCCUACGGCAACACUGGAACGACCCGCGGCUAGCCUACAGCGAGUUCCCGGACGCCUCCUUAGACCUGGACCCCUCCAUGUUGGACUCCAUCUGGAAGCCCGACCUGUUCUUCGCCAACGAGAAGGGCGCCAACUUCCACGAGGUCACCACGGACAACAAGCUGCUGCGCAUCUUCCAGAACGGGAACGUGCUCUACAGCAUCAGGCUCACUCUGAUCCUGUCGUGCCCAAUGGACCUGAAGAAUUUCCCCAUGGACAUCCAGACCUGCACCAUGCAGCUGGAGAGCUUUGGCUACACUAUGAACGACCUGAUCUUUGAGUGGCUGUCAGACGGGCCAGUACAAGUGGCGGAUGACCUGAUGCUUCCCCAGUUUGUCCUGAAGGAGGAGAAGGACCUUGGCUACUGCACCAAGCACUACAACACAGGUAUGUUCACCUGUAUCGAGGUGAAGUUCCACCUGGAGCGGCAGAUGGGCUACUACCUGAUCCAGAUGUACAUCCCCAGCCUGCUGAUCGUCAUCCUCUCCUGGGUCUCCUUCUGGAUCAACAUGGACGCCGCCCCCGCGCGCGUCGGCCUGGGCAUCACCACCGUGCUCACCAUGACCACGCAGAGCUCCGGGUCACGGGCAUCGCUACCUAAGGUGUCCUAUGUGAAGGCUAUUGAUAUCUGGAUGGCCGUGUGUCUGCUGUUCGUCUUCGCCGCCCUGCUAGAGUACGCCGCCGUCAACUUCGUCUCCCGGCAACACAAGGAGUUCAUCAGGCUGAGGAAGAAGCAGCGGAGGCAGAGAAUGGAGGAGGAGCUGGUGCGUGACAGCCGGGGCUUCUAUUUCCGUGGUUACGGCCUGGGCCACUGCUUGCAGACGAAGGACGGCACGCCCAUCGACGGCUCCACCUCCGUCUUCGCGCCCUCGCCGCCGCCGCACCCCCACAUGCACGUGCUGUACGACGGCGACGCCGUGCGCAAGCGCUUCGUGGACCGGGCCAAGCGCAUCGACACCAUCUCGCGCGCCGUCUUCCCGCUCAGCUUCCUCAUCUUCAACAUCUUCUACUGGAUCACCUACAAGGUGCUCCGGCACGAGGACAUCCACGCCAACUUGUAA